CUCAUAUCUUGACCUCCGAACCAACUGCCAUUGUCAUUGUCAUUUCCAGCUUCAUAAUCCUGCAUUAACCAUGUCUGUAUUGCAUACUCCCCCAACAUCCCCUUCUAAUUCUCAGACUUCCGGCAAUGGGUUCCGACCCCUCACACUCACUCAGGCAGAUAUUGCAGCUACAAUCGUCCAUCUCUCAAUAUCAGAUGGAGGCUGCCACACCCAGGAGCCAUCUGCUACUCGGAUCACGCACUUUAAAGCCGGGCUGCAAUGGGAGAUAGCUACUUUUGUGACUCCCAUCCUGCAGUACUCAGCUGCAAGGAACAUCAUUUCGGUUGUUCCGAGCCCGGUUGCUCAUAUUCUUCAGUUGAUUCCCGAGCUCACCUGGAACAUGGUUCCGGACCACAUCUUUUCAUCCCACCUAUGCCAGUUUCAAGACGUUGCAGAUCUGGGGGAUCCUCCCGCAUUGUAUCCACCUAUGGUAUUCGCUAAUUGUGUCUGUCACUACCAGCAUUGGCUAUCUGGCGUUGAGGACGAACGUCUUGUUGUUCCCGAGCAGGUGGAUGAAAGCUCGCUUGCAACGCUGAAGGCACUGAGGUGGAUGAGGGAACCUCCUGAC